AUGUCAACAUCUUCACUCAUACGCAAUUCACAAAAAUUACCGUCCACCAUAGUCAGCAAAACGCACACAGUCGCCGAGUUCAUACAUUCCGUCUCACUCCUCGGAUCCGGCUUCGUACUACCAGAGAUAAUAGACACAGUCGCAAGCUUCGGCAUGGGUGUUGACUUCAAUCCCGCGAAAGACAUUGGCAGUCUGGAGGGCAAAGUCAUACUCGUGACUGGAGGCAAUGCCGGUUUGGGCAAGCAAACGGUCACCUAUCUCGCCGCCCACAAGCCCGCACGCAUCUACCUCGCCGCACGCACCGCCUCGAAAGCCUCGUCCGCGAUAGCAGGCAUCAAGUCUUCAGUACCCAAUGCCUGCGAGAUUGUCCACCUGCCGCUGGACUUGACCUCAUUUGCCUCCAUCGCUGAAGCAGCAGCGACAUUCCACCGCGCAGAAACGCGUCUCGAUAUCCUCAUCAACAACGCGGGCAUUAUGGCCUGUCCUUACUCCACCACCAAGGAAGGCUACGAGAUCCAGUUUGGGACGAAUCACAUGGGUCACGCGCUGCUUACAAAGUUGCUUCUUCCCACUCUACUCAGGACUGCAGAGAUGCCGGGCGGUGACGUGAGAAUUGUCACGCUGAGCAGUGCGGGACACGCCAUCGGUGUUCCCGGAGGAUUGAUCCUCGACCAGCAAGCGCUGGAGCAACAGGGCACCUGGAAACGGUAUGGGCAGUCUAAGCUCUGCAACUUAUUAUUCGCACGCGAGGUAGCGCAACGGUACCCGCAGAUUACGUCCGUCUCUAUCCACCCUGGUGUCAUUUUCACAGACCUGUUCCAGUCCCUGCGCGCAAAUGUCUUCCUCAAAGCUGGCCUGUGGAUCUAUGGCCUAUUGUUUUUCGUCCUCCCAGGGCAUUUCAAGAGCCCAGAGGGUGGCGCGCUCAAUCAAACGUGGGCGGCGACGGCAAAGAAAGAAAAUCUGGUCAAUGGUGCGUAUUACAAGCCUGUUGGCGUGAAGAAUAGCGGAAAUAAGGCAGCGAGGGACGAAGGGCUACAGAAGAAGCUUUGGGAGUAUACAGAGGCGGAGCUGGGGAGACAUGGGUACUGA